AUGUCUCUGCCGACCCUCAUCCCCUCCGUAGGGGCGUCAGCGAUCCUGCUCCUAUCAAUCCCUCAUGUUCGUCAGCUUGCCACGGAUUGUGGAAGCAAGAAAGCAUACAGAUUAAUCAAAUCGAGCAACAACGAUGAGUCUAUUACCAGCGGCAAGUCGCCACAAUCAGUCUGGCAGCGCGCCACUCUAGUUGUGGUGGCAGUAGCAGCCACCAUUGCGGCACUCUGGUCAUGCUUUAGCAUACAACCAGUGCUUGCGUCAAAUGUCCUUCAUUUCGCGACGUGGCUCAUGAUCCUAGUCCAAGAAUUAGUCCUCAUAAGCCGUCAAAAUCCAGAAGCCAGGUAUCGCCUAGGCUACUACAGCGCCUUGGCUAGUCUGGCCAUAGGCAUCUGUCUGGCCUGGCCAUAUGCUUCGUCGUUGCACAGCAAACCUGACUUCAAAUUGACUUCCCGAGAUGCAUCGAGCAUUGUUCAACUGGUCGCCGCGCUCGUUCUUGUCUUCGUGAACCUCGCCUUCCCAAGAGGACCUACACUCUACCGCAACGGCCGUCCAGUCGAUUCACAGAAAUCUGUCUCGUUCCUAAACCGAUACACCUUCUCCUGGGCGUAUAGAACCCUUUCCAUCGCGGCAAAGAAUAAACGACUCAACAUUGAUGACCUCCCAGUCAUUGGAGACGAAGUUCGUGCAAAGACGCUCUCCGACUCCUUCUUUGCAGUCAGCUCAGCCUCAGCGCGAUGGAGGAGGUGGCUUAAGCUGUACUGGGCAGAGAUCACCUUUCAGGUAAUCUUGCAGCUCGUCGCCAAUGCUGUCAACUUCCUCCCUCACUUCCUCCUCCUUACCAUCCUUCGCCUCUUUGAGGACCGUGAUGCGGGAGCAAGCAACCAGUUGCAACUAUGGUUGGCUGCCCUAGGUCUUGGGCUAUCGAUGGUGGUCACCUCAUGGUCCAUAUCCCUGAGAGACUUUGUAGCUGAUAUGAAGCUUUCUCUGCCGAUCAAUGAACAGCUGCUCGCGGUCAUUUCCAAGAAAGCCAUGAGCUUGAAGGAUGUAGUGAUCUCCGCCGACGAUAGCGAGGAUGAGGAUGCUGCGAGCGACGAUGAUGAUGGUGACGAUGACGAUGCUACACCCAGGACAAAACAUUCUGUCCUCAAUCUCCUCGGCGUAGACGUGGAAAGAGUCUCCGAGUUCGUCGCCUACAGCCAUCUGCUCCUCGACUGCGUACUUGAACUUGGCAUCGCCAUCGCCUUCCUCGUAUACCUGAUGGGAUGGAAACCCAUAGCGGCUGGCUGCGCUAUUCCCGUUCUUCUGAUACCUUUCUACUAUCAUUUAACGAAUCGGUACAGCGAACAGGAACAAGCCCUCAUGGACCGCCGGGACGACAAAUCCGCGACUCUGACGGUCUUGAUGCGCGGCAUGCGGCAGAUCAAGUUCAGCGCGCUCGAAACCCAAUGGUACGACAAGAUCCUGGGGUUACGCGAAAAAGAGCUGCGUAACCAGUACACUGUCUUCCAACUCGACGUCUACCUAACGGCCAUCUGGACGCUAGGCCCGCUGUGCAUGAGCUGUCUCUCAAUCGCGACACAUAUCUACCUGAAUGGCUCAAUUGCCGUCUCAGUUGCGUUUACCGCGCUGUCGCUCUUUGAAAAUCUACAGAGCGUACUCAGUAUGUUCCCGGAGAUGUUUACCGAUCUACUAGAUGCCAGGGUCAGCCUUCGGAGAAUCGAGGGCUUCCUGGAUCUGGAAGAACACGAGGACAAGAGGGUGCGGGGUGACGCUAUCUCAUUUCGCGACGCAACCAUUGCAUGGCCGUCAGCUACGUCAGAAGACGCAACAGGGCAGUUCCAGCUCACGGGUCUCAAUCUGGACCUUCCUCCACGUGAGCUCACAGUUAUUUCCGGACGGAGCGGUGCUGGCAAGUCACUACUCCUUCAAGCACUCAUUGGCGAAGCAGACAUCGUAAAGGGGACUGCGAUCGUCCCUCACUCAUCAGCCGCCAACCGGCCAGCCGGCGAGGAAAACUGGAUAGUGGAUGGUCUGGUUGCCUAUGUCUCCCAGGAUCCGUGGAUCGAGAACGCAACGAUCCGUGAUGCUGUCUUGUUCGGGCUGCCGUUCAACCCAGAGCGAUAUGAGAAGGUCAUUCACGCCUGCGCGCUCUCGCAUGAUCUUCAGUCGUUUCCCGACGGAGAUAGAACGGAUAUUGGUGCUAACGGGAUCAAUCUGAGCGGGGGGCAGAAGUGGCGGCUAGCGUUGGCGAGGGCGCUGUAUAGUCGCGCGAGUACUCUCGUUUUGGAUGAUAUCUUUAGUGCGGUUGAUUCUCAUGUUGGGCGGCAUCUAUAUGACCAUGCUUUGACUGGCGCUCUUGCGAAAGAGAGAACUAGGGUCUUGGCCACUCACCAUGUUCGAUUGUGUCUGGGAGGGGCUGCGUACCUGGUGACGCUGGAGAAUGGCAGCGUUGUGCAAGCAGGGCAUCCAUCUAGUCUCGUCCAAGACGAAACUCCCGAGCAAAGACUCGAUGACAGCACAUCAGACCCGUCGGAUAGCAAACCUACGCCAUUGAAGCUUGUUCAGCGAACAAACGCUACUCCGCGUUCAGAUGCCCAGCCCAAAAAGUACUACGACGAGGAGAAGCGAGAGCGUGGCGUGGUCAGAGCAGAGGUGUACAAGGCUUAUAUGAAAGCCUCCGGGGGCUACUCUCGCUGGAUUCUCGUCGUCGUCCUUUGUAUCUUAACGCUGAUACUGAACCUGGCAGCUCCUUACUGGGUUUCGGUUUGGACCCGAGCAUACAAUGAAAGUCCUCCGCGGUCGAUCCUCACACAGUCUGGCGAUCAUCCAGAUUUCAGGACUGGUGGGCUGCAUCUGGACCAUCGCCUUGUUUACUAUAGCUCGAUUUACUUCGCCUUGGCAUUUGCAUCGUGGAUCCUGGACAUCAUCAGAAUCCAGAUGAUCCUGCGCGGCUCCAUUAAAGCUUCCAAGGUGAUGUUCGAACAGUUCACCAAGACCAUCCUCAGGGCCCCUCUCCGUUUCCUCGAUAUGACACCGGUUGGGCAGAUCCUGAACCGGUUCACGUCGGAUUUCGGUACCUUCGACUCGGACCUUGCUCUGGAUCUCUCGUAUCUCCUGCAUAGCGGGAUCAUGAUCCUCGGGGUCAUUGUCGCGGCUUCGGUCACUUCUCCUCUCAUCGUCGGACUUGGCCUGCUGACUCUCUUGGCGUCAUGGGCAGUCGCAUUCUUCUAUGUAACCGGUGCCCGCGAGGCAAAACGGCUAGAAAGUACCGCUCGAUCGCCCAUCUUCGAGCUGGUCGGGUCUCUUCUGGCUGGGCUACCUACCAUCCGUGCAUUCGGCAGGGAGAACGCGUACCUGAACCGAAUGUACGAUCUGAUUGAUAUACACUGCCAGGCACUCUGGCACAAGCGGUUAUUCUCCUGCUGGAUGUCGUUUUGGAUGAGCAUGGUCGGAGCAAUUUUUGUCGCCUCCGUGACCAUGACCUUCGUCACCAUCCGCACCCUCGACGCCCCCCUCGCCGGAUUCGCCCUCAGCUUUGCCCUCGAACUCUCCGACCACAUCUCCUGGCUCCUCUCGCAGUACGCCAAACUCGAACUCGACGCCAACGCCGCCGAGCGCAUAGUCGAGUACACGCAGCUCGACCAGGAACCCCAAUCCGGCAUCCCCGUACCAGCAUACUGGCCCAGCAACGGUGAAAUACAGGUUACCGAUCUCUGCGUGGCCUACGGGCCAGACCUCCCACCUGUCCUGCAGGGCCUCACCUUCACCCUGCGCCCCGGCGAGCGAGUCGGGAUCGUGGGUCGAACAGGCGCAGGCAAAUCCUCGCUCUCCCUGGCGCUCCUCCGCUGCCUGGACGCGCGGUCCGGGUCCAUCCGCAUCGACGGGAUCGAUAUCGCGCAGGUGCGACUACACGAUCUCCGCUCGCGCGUGGGCAUCAUCCCGCAGGACCCGGUUGUGUUUGCCGGUACGGUGCGCGAGGUUCUGGAUCCGUUUGGCCAGCAUGAUGAUAGCGAGUUGCUAGACGCUCUAACUGAAGUUGGGCUGCUCCGGUCCGAAGACGGUUCUUCAGGACUUUGCAAUGGCGGAUUCUCCCUCGAUGCAACUAUAAUAGAAGGAGGACGAAACCUCUCGCAGGGCCAAAAGCAACUACUCUGUCUUGCGCGUGCGCUGGUCUCGCGGCCGAAGAUCCUGAUCAUGGACGAGGCGACAGCGUCAAUCGAUAUGGAGUCGGAUAUUCGGAUCCAGCGCACGCUGCGGCAGGUGGUUCGUGGGUGUACGUUGCUGGUUAUUGCGCAUCGACUGUCGACGAUUGCGGACUUUGAUAGGAUUAUUGUUCUGGAUGGCGGGAGGGUGGUGGAGAUGGGGCCACCGGGGGAGCUGGUGAUGAUUGAGAAUGGGGUUUUCCGGGGGUUAGUGGAGGAGAGUGGUGAGAGGACGGUGAUUGAGAGGAUGAUCCGUGGCAAUACUAUAGAACUAUGA